AUAUCUUUAGCAAAUAAUGUAGUAGACUUAAAGAAGUCUUACUUCCAGUCUGCAAACAUAUAAGAAAUUGGUACUUACGAGAAGUUGACGCACUGCUUAAUUAAAUUUCGGAAUGGACUGCGAACAGUGGGUCGAUGGUUUUGAGCUGCGUCCGCUGCCCAAAACCCACGAGAGCGUACAAUGGGCACGGCAGAAAAUGUCAAAAACAAUCGUGGAGCACAACGGCAAGAAAAUUGCCGGCUACGAAAUUGUCGAGGUCUUACAGGUGUUAAAUUCAGAUCUGUGGCAAAAGUAUCGAAUGCAAAGGGAUCAUAUUAGACGCGAUAUCGGAGGCCGAGUGCAAGAAAUUAGACUUUUCCACGGAACUAAUAAUGCACUUUCCAUUGCAGAAAGUGGUUUCCAGGUUAAAUUCGCUAAGAAGAGUGGGAUGUUCGGAAAAGGAAUUUACUUUGCUGAUUUGUCUUCCAAGAGUAAUCAGUACACGUUUGAGGGUUGCAACAAACCGUGCAAGCUGCAUAAUGAGGAAUUUUGCGAGGUGUGCGAGAGGACUAUGCUGAUAUGCAGGGUUGCGAUGGGCAACCAGUACAAGGCGCAAAAUGCAAUGAACGGCAUUGAAGAGCCUCCUGCCGGCUUCCACAGCGUUGUUGCAGAGCCAGGUGUCUGCAAAAACAUCAAGUACAGGGAAUACGUGAUUUAUCAGGACAACCAGGCCUACCCUGGUUAUCUGGUAAAGUACAAGAUCAAGAAGUAAUUUCCGAGGCAAAAUUGUGUUGUUGACAACUCUGAUAAUGUAUAAAAUACAUUGUCUUCCUGCUGUAAAAUUAACUUUCACUGACUAAUCUUUUUCUACUGAUUUUUUUAAAUAUCGACAGUAUUUACAUUACCGCAUUUACAUAUCAAUGUCAUACAUACAAUUUAUAUUUAUGAAUGUAAUUGCCUAAAUAAAAA